CCGAGAUAACACGAAUGCAGCAGAUGAAAAAAUACAAUAUUUAUGUAUGAGAGUUCUACAUUAUUAAAAAUGGCACAGUUAAAGAAUAGGUUAUCUUUUUUUUUAAUUUACCAUCCAUGAAUAUUCUCCAAGGUCCAUGCCUUAUUAUUCCAAUUUUUCUGACAGGUAUUUACUGUUUUCUUUUUCCUUUGAGCAGCAAUUGACAGUGGCCUUUUUCAAUUGUGCAAAAGAAGACUAUUCCAGAAAGAAAAAGAAAUGACCUUUAAGGCGUAAAUUUAUUUAACAGCAUGCAGCAGCUUUUAGAUUGCUCUUUCAAAGUCUUACAGCCCACUUUCUUUUCUUUUUUUUACCUCAUGCAACGUUGACAACGAGUGCAGUACGGCUUUAACUCCCUGCAUCGUUGAGUUUUGUCGUGAUUAAAUCUCUGCCCGGUACCAUCUGCGUGCAGGAUUGGAUUUCUGUGCACUCUCAGUGGGCACAGCCUCACUCUCGUUCAGAGGUGAGUCUCCUCCAGCACCUCCUCGUCGCCGUUCAUGUGCGCCCUUUAACAUCUCCGCGCUCUCCUCCUGCGGGGUCAGUCUCUGCGCGCAUCACACUUGGAGCGCAUCGGUGGGUCUGUGCAGAGCCAAGCGAGUGGGAAUAGAGGUCCGACCUUUUUUUUUUUUUUCUGUCAGUUUCUCCUCGUUUGUCGUGGUGACUGCAUCAUGGGAUUUUUACACGGAAAAUUCGUGCUGCGCAGAGGGUUUCCACUUCACUGCCAGUGAGAAAAACUUGAGGAAUAUCAAGAGAUGAAGAAGACGGCUAGAAGACAAAUGGUCUCAUCAGGUAAGAGUGGGUUUACUUAAGAAUAAUGGCAUGGAAUCCAGCUGUUUUGAAGAUAAUCACCAGAAUACUGUGAUUUCUCGGUUUGAAACGAGUUGGACGAUUUUGCCAAAUGACCGUGUGCGUCAUUUUCAGCAGCAUCGACUGUCAUGUGUCUUUUUUUAACAAGUAUAGCAGUUACUUAAAGUAAGAUAUUGCAAGAUAUUAUUGUCCCAGUGUGCAUUGAGAUUUAAUACCACUCACACCUGAGUCUGGGGAGAGAUGAUAUUAUGACUUCCUUUUAUGACAUUCCUGGAUUGACUUUAUAGUCAUUUUACCUCCCAUGGGGUGGGUUUAAAUAAUGAACUGCCAGCAUGUGAUGAUUAUUCAUAUAUUCAGAUAGUAACCCACACCUUUGAGCCAAUAAAAACAGCAGCUAGAGUAUUUUUUUCCUGAUCUCCGCAUGAAAAUGUGAGAACUUCAAAUGCCCACUUUGCCUGAUGCUCUUUCAGCAGACUGCAUGUUUCUGCACUUAUUUGAGUUGCUUUCUUUCCAAAAAAAGAAUACCUGUUGCUUGAAAUACCUUAUUUUAACAUUUCAUAAAGGAAUAUUUCAUAACUGGUACAAAAUUGAAGUCAUUCCUGUAGAUAAAAGUGGCUUCUGCAGAGCUGCUGGAUGCUUGAUGAGGGUUUUAUGAUGUUUCUGUCAGUGUAAUUAAUCUUCAUAUGCUUGCUUGUUUAUGCAAAGCUGCUUCUCCCAACAGGUCGCCAACUGUUACAUUAUACAAGACUCUGUCCAUCUUCCUGGCUCAGGGGACACAUUAAUUGAUACAGAGGCUAUAUUUCUAUCGAUUUUGUCGCCUGUGCACAAAAUAGAGGAACAAGACUCCGGGCAGCGUCCACCCUGCCCUGACUGCUACCAUGGUGAAAAUGAUAAUCAGGCACUAUAAAACCUCUGAUAUUAUUGGCACCAAACUAAGUUGUCACACCGUGUUUCCUCAGUGACAAGCACUUCAAUCUGACUGUGGCAAAGCUAUUGGCAGUACAGUGAUUCCUCCUCACUCAAUUACUUAGGCUGGGAUUAAUUUACACCCGUGCCCACCCCCUAAUAAAUUGAAAGAAAAAAGCGUCCGCAGAGAAUGCAAAGCAGCUGAUCAUUUAGCAACAUGUGAAGGGCAAGCGUUUCCCCCAGGGAGAGCUUAUGACUGGAGGGUGAGCCGUGUGAUUUCCCUCGGUAGCAAAGCCUGAACAAAUAAACACAUGAGGGAAAAUCUGGCCUCCAGUAGGGAGCAUCGCCUGAGGUGUUCUUAUGUACACACGCUAUCAAUCAAGUCUGGCCUCAAGACAGAAAAUUCGGAUAGAAAUCUAUUAAAUCCCCUCUGGUGUAACUUUGCCUCAGGGGUGAUUAGAAGAAGGGCAUUUUCGUUUUCUAAAAGCAGCUGAGUAGGAAUUACCAACCCUCUUUUCUACUGAAAUCUGAAGAGAUAAGCUUUUAUCAUGGAUUUAAGAUGUCACAGAGAUUGUGGUAUUGUCUCAUCACUCAUGUGCUCAGUGAAGCCACUCGUCAAAAUCAGAUCAAUUGCUUCAACAGACUUACACCCGUCAGCUAAAAGGUCCAUGAAGAGGAAGGAGGAGAGGUUGCACUCGAUAACUGAUGAAGAUGAUGGCUGCACAUCACACUUUUUCUCUUCUGGAAAGCAUAAAAUCAAUAUCAAAAUCCAUAUCAAGUGAUGUGCUUAUUUCCACUCUGCUAUCUCUGAUGGCUACUUGGUUAUGGCAAAAAUCAUAAUUACUGUUAUUUUGAUUGAGAUUGAGAUUGAGAUUAUUAAAAACGAUUAGUCACUGGUAAGAAAACAAAUGCAUCACAUUCACUUACUGAACUUAAAUGCUCUCAAGGUGCACAAGCAACCAAAUAUGGGAGAAAUUAAGUAUCUUGGACAUCAUUUUGAAGAUAAUAUUUGCUAAAUUGAAACAAGAUUUUUACCUAUUUUCACAAAGUUAUCAAGAAGUAAUGGCUGCAAAUCUAACUUUUCAUCCCACCUCCUAAAGCCUUCAUCUUUGGCUGAGUCCAAAAUGGAUCCCUAACCCCUUUAUAGUCGACUAUAUGGGGGUUUGCGCCAUUUUUGAGGGGUGUCCGAAACCUGAGUGAUCGAUUCCAAUGCCCCAUAUAGGCGACUCAGAAUUUCCCAUAGAGCACUGCAAAAUGUAGUGACCAUCCGAUGGUCACUCACCAGUGGUGGGCAUCCCGUCAUGCAUUGCGUCUCCAGAACCUUGAGCUCUAUUUUCCAUUUUCAGCGUAAGUUUUUUAUCUUCACUUCACUCGCAAGUGAUCCGUUUAGUUUUCAAAAAACAAUUGUUUGCUGCGUCAUAUAGUCUUGUGCACAAUAUGACGCAGCAAACAGAAUUAUAUAAGGCCUUUUAAAUAAAUUAUUAAUUAAUUGUUUUUGUAUUAUUAUUUUUUUAUCUCACGAACAUCCUGGAAAAACAAAGACAUCUAUACAACAUCAUAAAAUUCAACAGAUGUGAAAACAACAGCCGCAACUUUAGACGCAGCAGUUUGAGCAGUGACGUCACAACGGUGCACCGUGUAGUGUCCGAAACCUCCGAUGAUUGAGCUCACUACAUAGUCAGCCCAUAUGGGGGUUAGGGGUUAGGGAUUGAGUGAUUCAUUUCGGACACACCCUUUGUAAUGUCAAGACCCAUCAACAACCUCUGGUCUCGAGAAAUGAAGCCAAUGCAGAAGUGUGUAAAACUGCAGUUCCUUUAAUGUCCACUUGAGGCUGACGCCCUCCCACACCCGUCCAAAAAAGCCCAUCCUUGGAGCAAAGAUUAACGUGCUCACAGCCUGAUUCAAUUAUAUGAUUUCUGGCAGAAUUGCUCAUUUUUCAGUCUAGGGAGUGAAAUUUUUUGUUAUGCAUGAGUUUGACUGACAGGUGGGUACACUGUAGCUCUUGACAAAAAAGUUAAACUUCACUUUUUUGCAACCCAAAGUUGGGUUGAGUCAGCAUUUCCAAUAAGGCUACUGCUGCUGAUAGGCUCAAAACUCCAAAUGGGUGACAUCUAUGUCUUGCAGUUGUAAACGGUUAUAUAUGCGCUCAAACUCCCCCCUUGUGCUCUCUGCAUCCCUCUGCUUUACUAACGCACACAGAGCUGUGUGCCCAUUAUAGUAAAUAGCCAGUCUUCUCAUCCUCACUCUCAAUGAAAAGAGGAGGGAGGGUGCACCACAGAGGACAAAAGGAGUGCAACAUGGCAGGCGACCCUGUAAUCCUUUAAUCUUGGUAAUCUUAUUUUCAAGAUCAUGGAAAGCCAAAAAAAAAGAAGUAAUCAUUAGAAACAAAUUAUGUCCCAGGUCAGCCAUCAGGGAUGAUAAGAGUAUUGAAGAUAAAACGAAGUAUUUUUGUACCUUUUAACAUUUUUUGAUGUGUCCUUGUGUGCAGGUGAGAUGUCUUAACCCGUGAGAGGCAGAGAGACACAGUGAGGCAUCAUGGACUCCUGGAUCUUUCCAUCAUCCCCUCCGAAUCUGUCGGAGCACCUUAUGUAUGACAGCUUCAUGCAAGGCAAUGAGUCCGACUUCCACGGGAACUACACAGACCACACGUUCAACCAAACAAGCACGGUGGUCAUCACCUGCUUGUACUUCCUCGUGUGCGCCGUGGGCCUCUGUGGAAACGCUCUGGUCAUCUACGUCAUCCUGCGGUACGCCAAGAUGAAGACAGUCACCAAUAUCUACAUCCUCAACCUGGCUGUGGCUGAUGUGCUCUUCAUGCUGGGGCUGCCCUUCAUCGCCAUCCAGUUGGCGCUGGUCCACUGGCCAUUUGGCCCAGUGCUCUGCAGGGUGGUGAUGACGGUCGACUCCCUGAACCAGUUCACAUCCAUCUUCUGCCUCAUGGUAAUGAGCAUAGACCGCUAUCUGGCUGUGGUGCAUCCCAUUAAGUCCACCAAAUGGCGUAAGCCUCGGAUGGCAAAGACGAUUAACUUAGCAGUGUGGGGCGUUUCACUGAUGGUCAACCUUCCCAUCGUUAUCUACAGCGGCAUCAUCACAAAGCACGAUGGCUGCUUCUGCACCAUCGUUUGGCCCGAGCCUCAGGAGGCCUACUACACCGCCUUUAUGUUCUACACCUUCAUCCUGGGCUUCUUCCUUCCUCUCAUGGUCAUCUGCCUCUGCUACCUGUUCAUCAUCAUCAAGGUGAAGUCCUCAGGCAUCCGUGUCGGCUCCUCCAAGAGGAAGCGCUCAGAGAGAAAGGUGACCCGCAUGGUGUCCAUCGUGGUGGCGGUGUUCGUCUUCUGCUGGCUGCCCUUCUACGUCUUUAAUGUCACUUCAGUGACAGGAACCAUCAGCACCACACCCAUCCUGAGGAGCACCUUUGCUUUCGUGGUGGUUUUAGGGUACGCCAACAGCUGCGCCAACCCUAUCCUCUACGCUUUCCUGUCGGAGAACUUCAAGAAGAGUUUCCAGAAUGUUCUCUGUCUGAAGAAGGUGGGUGGGCUGGAUGAGGUGGAGCGCAGCGAUAGCCGGCAGGAUAAGUCUCGGAUGAUAAAUGACCCUACUGAGACUCAGAGCACUCUGUUGAAUGGAGACCUGCAGACCAGCAUCUGAGAGGACGAUGAGAGGACUCACAUGCAGAUCUCUAGGGGGACAUCCAGAGGGUUGGCGAGGGGUGGCAUUAGCCCCUUUUGGAAUCGCCUGGGUUCCACCUCAAAAUCCUGGGCUGGGUAUUUGCAGGACUGAUGCAAAAAUCAACAACCUAGUAUCAAGUAGCUAUUUUUGCACAAUUUGAAGUUCAUGUGUUUCCACUCUGUUGUGUUACCAUUUGAAUUCUAUAUGUAUGCAUGCAAAUAACAUAUUUUCAAGACUUUAGCAGAAGUAGCCAAAGUGGAUAUGAUUUGUAGACAUAGAAAGGGUAAAUAAAUGGUAUUCAGUCAUCAUGUGGGCAGACAUAUUGUACUUCAUGCCACCCUUGUGUUGGUUGGGCCACCCCAGCCAAAGAGUUUGGACACGCCCCUGUCUGGCAGCCUGGGUAUCAGCAUCUCAAAGGCUGUCUUACAAAAGGAAAGGAUGUGAUUAAACUUUAAGAAAGGAUUUCACAGAGGAACGUGUCCCUGACCCAGCGUAAAAGGAGACAAAAUUGUCAUUUCGUUGGAUCCACGGCCGUAAACAAACCCAUAAAACCAGAACCCGUAGCUCAAACUUUGGGCACUAUGCUGUAAAUAUAGAGGAAAUCUGUUUGACUGUUUGAUCUCUGAGGGGUGAGGAAGAGUGGACACCAACACCAACAAGCAAAUGGUCCCCUUGGCGACGUGAAUUCUCCCCUGGAGAGCCAGGAUUGUAUAGUUUACAGCAGGAGGCAUGUGCCGAGCUUCCUCAGACUUACAUAAUAUAUAAGCUAAGAAUGUGAUCACAUGCUGUAUCACAACAUUUGACGACUCCUCUGUCAAUUUUGUCCUCUUGUGUGACAGGUAUUUUCCCAGAGGAGAAGUCUGACUGUAAAUUAACUGGGAAUCUAUUUUGUACUCGUUGUCAUUUCAUUUGGGAACACUCAUACUUGUAAAUAUUUAAUGAUUUUUCAAACACAGAAUACAUCAAGCCAGUGCUGUUAGGUCUUGUGCCAUGUAGUACAACAGUCUGAUUAAACGUGCGACCACUUCUACAUGCGUACAAAUGCAUCAGAUGUGAAUUACAGAAUUACAGUGUUAAAUCAGCAUCCUGAGUUCAAUAACUCCACAUGCAUAAUUUAUAUUACACAUACAGUACUGGCUCGGAGAGUGAGCCAGGCCGGCUUUUAACCAAAGUGCUGCUACAAUGUAUAGAAACCUAUAUAUUCUCAUGUACAGAAAUGUCCAUAUAUGGAAUGGUACUCCAUCAUGGUUUGGAUUAUUUAUGUGCAUCGUGUAAUAAUGUUAGUGUUAUUAUUUGCAGUUGUUACAGAUGCGGCGCUUGUAUAAAUGCCAGACUGCACAGAUCUAAAUUAUUCACUAUGAAUGGUGAGAUGUGGCUGAGCUUCACGUUUUUUAUGGCAUCUGAGAGCAUCUAAAAGAGCUCAGAUAACAUUUGGUGAAUGAUUUUUUUAGCACCGUUUCCCUCCCUCCUUUCUCACAGGUCCCAGACAACCUGCUGACUGACCUAUUUGGGCAGAAUUACAGGAAGAAGAUAGGUCAUAUCCUGAAAGUACUAUAAAAGAUGGCUUUCAGCGUACAGCCUGUUGUUAUUUCUUUGUUUUUAUGAUGUGGAUUACUUGAGUCUUUCCACUUCCUCACUUUUGUUCUGCUUUUAUAAAAGGCUGAGCUUUUCCCUCGCCGCCCUGCAUUGUGAGUAUUUUUUGAGCACUUUGUAUGCCACCGCCGACCCGUUCUCCUCUCAUGAUCCGUGGCAUGUAGGAGGCCACAUCUCGAGUGUGUCUGCGGGUGUCUCAGUGACGUGAAUUUGUGAAGGGCUAGAACACUUAUCCUCAAGAGGCUUCAGUGUUCCUUUAUCGUCACUAUCCUGCUGCUCCCUGAGUCUGACCUGUGACUCCGUCUGCUGUUUGUGGUCUGAUUACUAUCUUUGUUAGACCUUUCUCUGUGUGUGUGCGGGCCCCCUUGUAUACACCGCGGCCUGUGACAGAUUCUGAUUUAUGUGCAGUUGCAUACUGUAUUGAUUCCAAUGUCCCAGCCAGACAGUUAGAGGGGGAAUUUGUCAAUACUGAUAUUUAAAUAUGUAUGUAUAUAUCGAACUCGACACAUGCAUAAGAUUCCAGCACCUGUCUUGCCGAUGCGCAUCAGCUUCCUCCUAUGUGUCAGACUUGAUAAGCCGAGGUGCAUCGUGAACCCCCAGCCAUGACUAAUCAAAUUCCAUCUCCAGUCCCUCUCCCUGCAGUAUUGUGAAAUUUGUAACGUGGUCUUAUUACCGCUGAAAGACACGACACACCUUUUGUGUCUUAUAUUUCCAUAGCAACACUGACUGAGGCUUUUGGUCCCAUGGUUACAUUCAUUAGCAUAAUAAUAAUAACAGAGGGAUGACUCCAGACACGGAUAAUGAAUGCAGACAUCGCUCCGAUGACUGAAGGAAAAAACAACACAAAAAAGGGUGCAUUAACGCCGCCAUCCACCGAGCUGUGAAGGCAUCUCAGUUAUGUAAAACCUGGUUUAAGUGUAUAGUUUGUGUUAAAAUUGUGCGGUAAUAAAUGUAGAAGGAAAUAACUUGCAUAAUGUAUUAAUAUUCAUGACUUCUUACACUAUCAUCCUGCUGUUGCGGAGCUGUGAUGUACUAAACUUUCUACAUCAUUGCUUCUAAUUUCAAUUUUCAGCUUUCCUUUUUAUUGCUUGCAUUUUUUUAAAGACUACUCUGCAGAUUUUCUCCUCGUCCCAUUUGUGUUUAAGCUCAGUGUGUCUUUGACGAUGAGCCUCGUGUCUCAUGAGCUUUGCAAAACAUCACCGCCGUUGUUAAAGGUUUUACUGUUUCUGUACAAAGUUUUGUCGUGUGUCCUCCAGUUUCCUCUCUGAUUGUAAAGAAACAUAAAGUUUGAUGGAGAAAAUACGGCUGUGUGUACCAGUAGUUGUGUUAUAACUAAUAAAAUCAUAAAAAAUGACACUUGUUUUUGAUGGUGCAAGACCCUGCUUGAUGAGAAAAAAAUAACUACAUAAAAAGUACUUUUUUUUUUAUAACUGAAAGUGUGAUCAAUUCUUCAAACAGGUAUUAAUCAACAUAAAUACUAUUUCCUCGGUUUGGCACAUGAAACUGAUUUAGGAAUUUACAAGGUGUUUCAACCCACAUUCCGAUAAAGUUUGGGCACUUUGUCGAAAGUUGAGAAGAAAAAUAUGAUGGUUGGCAGAUCAAUAAAAAAAAGGAUUUAAAUGAAAAAGGUGGAAAGAAAACUCAUUUCAUUAAUAAACAGAAAAAUGUGUUAAAAAA